CAUAUUGUUGCCGGCUGGCUUGGCUCAUUUUUUUUCGCUGCACUCCUUCCCCUUCAAUAAGCCUCUUUAUGGCUCGCGUUUGCUGCUGUUAACCUUGCUGCAGUCUGGUGGCUGCUAAUUUUCCCGCCUUCGACAAACUUCCUCUUCUGAGGGAGCUCGUCAGCCUCUCGCUUUCGCUAUCGCAUCAUCCUUUUAUGUCCAAAUUCUACGCCUAAUUCGCUUUGUCGUUCGUUAUUAUUGACUGUCGUUGAGCGUUGCGAUCUUCGAUUAAAUUCUGCCAAUAGACAUACUGAGGACGAGCUAUAUACCUUUGUUUACUCAUAUCUACUUCGGUCCCGAUCACAUUCAUUCCCCCUUUUGGCCCCUCCUUGUUUCACGUCGAACCUGAACAACGCAACAUCACGAGCUUGCUAGAGCAAUUUUUUCUGUACGGUCGAUAUACACGAUGACGACGCCCGGUAUGGUAGAGUUAGAGCAGCGAAAUCGCUUGCCAACACUCUUCGAAGUCCUUAGCCGUCGCACUCUCGCCCCCGUCGAUCUCUUCUCCUUCUAUAUUUACAUGCGCGAUCAGCAACGAUCCGUCGAUUAUCUGGACUUCUGGCUUGAUGUAUCCCAACACAUGUCGCUAUGCCGUCACUAUGUCCGAGAAUUACGACGCUCCGUUCUGGUUGCAACACCCGAUCUUGAAAAGGCCGAGAGCAAGGGAUCUUCAACACCUUUAGAGAACUUCGAGAGUGUAAACGAUAUCCCACUCGUGGAAGCUGGCCCGUCAGGGCUGCGACAUGGACUCCGUGACCUGGAUAAUAAGGAGGCUGAUCAGAGACUGUCAGCUUUCCUCCGCUCUGAUGGCCACUCGUCCAAGCACUCUCCGCAGAACAGUUUGGGUUCACAGAAUGAUCCGGCCCGGACAAUGUCGAAUGAGCAGCCACGGCCGAGCCUAACUCAACAUGAGUCGAGUUCUCCAGGUCAUACGGUGGCACGCGGGGAUAUCCGCGCCAGCGCAGAGAAAAUACUCUACACAUAUUUGCUUCCUGGAGCAGAAAGAGAGAUCGUCUUGCCUGAAGAAAUGGUAUCCAGUAUCAUCAAUCUAGUGGAGGACGACGGCAGAGAUGACCCGGAAGUAUUCGAUCCGGCGAAGGACUACGUUUUUCAAGCAAUGGAACGCGAUGCCUUCCCAGGGUUUUUGCAGGCGAAAGCUCUGGGCAACCUUGUCCCCUUAUCGAUAAUGGCACGUCUAGCCUUCGCCCUCAUCAGCUUCGGCGGAGGGUUCUGGGGUGCUUUCUAUGUGGUCCUCCGGGAUAAACCAAGAAACAUUCGUUGCUGGGUAAUCCUACCCUUCGUCAUCGCCUGCUACUUCAUUGUCUCCUACCAGUACAAGAUCGAUCCCGUCAUGGCGUUCGCAGGGUAUAGCGAGUAUACUUUUAUGAACUGGUCACCAGUUCGUGAGCCGUACGUUCGAAAGCUUCUUGUGAAACGAGCUGUCGCCACGGUCUUAAUUGCAAGUUUUGUCGCCGCAGCGCUGAGCAUUUUGUUCAUAUUGGUUCCCGGCACCAUGCUUUAG